AUGACCGCCUCCGAUCAAUUGGGCCUCACCAAAACCUGGGAGCUCUCGCUCUACGAGCUCCACCGCACCCCCCAGGACCCCGUCACCGAUCACACCGAAAUCGCAGUGAGCCCCCGAAGCCUCCACAAUGAACUCAUGUGUCCCAUUUGCCUUGACAUGCUCCGCAAAACCAUGACGACCAAAGAAUGUUUACAUCGAUUCUGUUCCGAUUGCAUCGUGACGGCCUUGAGAUCGGGUAAUAAAGAGUGUCCCACGUGUAGGAAGAAAUUGGUAUCGAAGAGAUCUCUUCGACCGGAUCCUAAUUUCGAUUUGUUGAUAUCGAAGAUUUACCCGAGCAGGGACGAGUACGAGGCCCAUCAGGAGAGGGUGCUGGCGAAAUUGAAUAAAAGCCAUUCGAGGGAGGCCUUGAUGAAUAGCAUUAAAGAGGGGAUUAAAGUGCAGAGUCAGAGUAGGCCGAAUAGAGGGAGAAAGGUGAACGAUGCUUCGGUUGCCGUGGAGACGGAGGAUGUUGGUGGUGGUGUAGGAGGUGUAGGAGGUGGUGGUGGAGGAGGAGGAGAGAAUUUAGCUCCGAGUUCCAACGCAUCUGUCCAGCCUGCUACGAUUAAUAAUAAUGGUAAUAAUUCGUUGAGUCAACAACAACAAAGUCAGGUGGCUUCGGGGGCGACGUUGAGUCCUUCUGCAUCGGGUAGGAGUACUCCCUCACAGCCUCCUAGUCCUGUUUCAUCGAGCGUCAGUUCAAUCAGUAAAUCGAUGGGAAAGAGGCCCAAAAGCGUUUUGACAUCGGAAAGGAGUGAAGAAAGCGAAAAUUCGAGCGAAAGAACGGAACAAACCGAUACGGAAGGUGAAGGUCCUUCUGAGCCUCUAACUCUAAACGAAAUCGAAUUGGUUUUUAAGCCCCAUCCGACUGAGAUGUCGGGAGAGAAUCCUCUGGUUAAAGCUUUGAAAGAGAAUUCAAUCAGAUAUAUAAAAACAACGGGAAAUGCGACUGUCGAUCAUUUACAUAAAUAUCUGGCGAUGCGUUUGACUCUAGAUUUGGAUUCGCAAUUAUCUACGACUCAUAAUUUAUUGAAUUUUUGCAUUUAUAUUUCGCCCAAUUCUGGUCAAUAUGUUCAAUUGAAUGGCAAUCAAACGUUGGGACAGGUAAACGACAAAUAUUGGAAAGUGAACAAACCAUUGGAAAUGUUCUAUUCGUGGAAAAAGACAUAG